GGCUGCAGCGGCGGCGGCGGCCGGGCCCGGCGGCAGGUCGCCCCGGUGCCGCUGAGCCAUGCGGGAUCGCCCGGCCCCCUCCCGUCCAGAGCCAUGAGCGGCUGCCGCUACAAUGGGGGGGUGGCACGGCCCCGGGGCCCCCUGAGCGCCUCUACCCACACCCUGCACCCGCUGGAGGGUGAAACUCAGCCGCUGCGGCCCCGACGGUCCCCUGGCCUCGAGGUGGUGGUGUCACGGCCGGAGCAGCCUGGGGGUCCGGAUCCCAGCCAGGCUGUGGGGCAGGAUGAGGCCGAGGAGAGGGGCCGAGGAGCCAGGAGGAACCAGAACAUCGGGUACAAGCUGGGGCACCGGCGAGCGCUGUUUGAGAAGAGGAAGCGCCUCAGUGAUUACGCCCUUAUCUUCGGCAUGUUCGGCAUCGUGGUCAUGGUCACGGAGACUGAGCUGUCCUGGGGGGUCUACACCAAGGAGUCGUCCUAUUCGUUUGCACUGAAAUGCCUUAUCAGCCUCUCGACCCUCAUCCUCCUGGGGCUCAUCGUCAUGUACCACGCCAGGGAGAUCCAGCUCUUCAUGGUGGACAACGGUGCGGACGACUGGCGCAUCGCCAUGACCUACGAGCGCAUCUUCUUCAUCGCCCUGGAGCUGAUUGUCUGUGCCAUCCACCCCAUCCCUGGCCAGUACCUCUUCACCUGGACGGCACGUUUGGCUUUUACCUACGCUGCUUCGGUGGCUGAUGCCGACGUGGACAUCAUCCUGUCCAUCCCCAUGUUCCUGAGGCUCUACCUGAUCGGGCGCGUCAUGCUGCUGCACAGCAAACUCUUCACCGACGCCUCGUCCCGCAGCAUCGGGGCCCUCAACAAAAUCAACUUCAACACCCGUUUUGUCAUGAAGACCCUCAUGACCAUCUGCCCUGGCACUGUCCUCUUGGUUUUCAGCAUCUCCUCUUGGAUCAUCGCUGCCUGGACGGUCCGUGUGUGCGAGAGGUACCACGACAAGCAGGAGGUGACCAGCAACUUCUUGGGAGCCAUGUGGCUGAUCUCCAUCACCUUCCUCUCCAUUGGCUACGGGGACAUGGUGCCACACACCUACUGUGGGAAAGGCGUGUGUCUGCUCACCGGCAUCAUGGGUGCUGGCUGCACUGCUCUGGUCGUUGCUGUUGUUGCCAGAAAACUGGAGCUCACCAAAGCAGAGAAACACGUGCACAACUUCAUGAUGGAUACGCAGCUAACGAAGCGGGUGAAAAAUGCUGCUGCCAACGUACUCAGGGAAACGUGGCUUAUCUACAAACACACCAAGCUGGUGAAGAAGAUCGACCAUGCCAAAGUUCGGAAACACCAGCGUAAGUUCCUCCAAGCCAUCCAUCAGUUGAGGAGUGUGAAGAUGGAGCAGCGGAAGCUGAACGACCAGGCCAACACGCUGGUGGACCUGGCGAAGACCCAGAACAUCAUGUACGACAUGGUCUCGGAGCUGCAGGAGCGUCACGAGGAGCUGGAGAAGCGACUGGGAGCUCUGGAGAACAAACUGGAGGCACUGGGGCUGAGCCUGAGGGCACUGCCAGGGCUGGUCAGCCAAGCCCUGGGGCAACAGCAGCGAGAGCUCCUGGGGAGCUGGACCCCCCGGCUCUGCUCCGCCACGGCCCCUUGUACCCCCACCAGACCCCCCAGGUCUCCUUCCACUGUCCCCCCAAGCUCCUCGGACAGUGGCUGA